AUGCCUCCUGUGUCCUGUCCGAUGUCCCCAGAAUGCCGCCGCCCCUUCACGGUGUUCGGCGGCGACGGGCGAGCCCGGCGGGAGAUGGCGGGUCUGGGGGAGAUGCUGCGCUGCCUGACGGGACGCUGCCCCCAUGAGUACGAGAUGUACGGCUGCUACUGCGGACAGGAGGGCGGGGGACAGCCUCAGGACCAGCUGGACAGGUGCUGCUUCUUCCACCGCUGCUGCCUGAAGCAGCUGGGCGCCAUGGGCUGCCGGUCCGAGAGGAGGCUCAGCGCUCACGUCUCCUGCGACCACGGGAAGCCUCGAUGUGAGUGCGGCACGUUGUUGUUGGCUACAGCCAAUCAGGUUACAGCACAGGAAGACAGGGACGUCAAAACAACAGCUCCUCUUCCUGAAUCUGACAUCAGAUCUGGUCUGGGGAGCUCACGUCAGGGUGUCUCCGUCUGCGCCAGGCUGCAGUGUGUGUGUGACAAGGCGACAGCCGAGUGCAUGGCGGCGGCCCCCUUCAACCACGGCCCGCCGGGCCAGCAGUGCCGCGGCCCCGCGCCCCCCUGCCGCCGGGCCAGCAGGCCCCCCAAACCACGGCUUUCCCCUCAGUCCAGCGAGGAGAGCGGGGAGCCGCGGGGGGGACACUCGAGCGGGAAGACCGGCAGCUCACGGGACACAUCAGGGGACGCGAACACACCGCCGCCUCGCCGAGGGCAAGACAGGUGAGAAGAGCCGGAACUCA